AUGAGCCACGGAGGAGAAACUAGAAAAACUCGAUCUCAAACCAAGGCGAUACAGGAAUUCGUGAAAGCUAACCCCAAAAUUAAUGAGCAAGCCGAAGGAAUACCCUUGAGUGAAGAGAAGUUCGAGCCCAGCUUCGUGGACACGAACCGUGGUCAUGAGAAGGAUUGCGUAGCAUGUGAUCGCCGGAACGAUGUUGAACGAUACAUGGUACAGUGCAUUGACUGUGAGCGUUGGGAGCAUUUUUCCUGCGCAAAAGUUACAACUGCGAACGCCCACAUGAUUAUUCAUCGCUGUACUAUGUGUGUUCCACGUAUACCGCCGCCACCUCCAAGCUCAGUUACUAGACAGUCAACAACAAGUAGUGCUCGACGGAUACGCAUUUCCCGAGAUCUUGAACAACUUGAGGAGGAAAGGAAACUCCAGGAACAGGCUGCCAAAGACCAGCUUGAGAGAGAUGAAAAAUACAUGUCGCGGAAAUACAAAUUGCUGAAGCAGCAAGAUGAAGAGGAAAUUCGGAGCUUAAAGAACAGUAAUCGGUUCAAUUCCAGCAGAGUCGCUGAAUGGGUCGAAUCGCAAAUAACAUCGCAGAGUACUGGAAAUAACCCGAAAGGAUUCGAUGAAGUGCAGCAAACGGGUGAAAAUCCACAGUUUUUCUCCGAAACUACAUCCACCCCGUUUAUGCCAAGGAUAAUUGGCAAUCUUCGAAAAGAUGAUACAGUACUAACUACUGGUAGUAUAUCGGUAGUCGAACGUAUUGACGAUAGAUCGGAAGGAACCACAGAUACGUCGAUACACAUUUCACCACAGAUUCCGUCGGUGAAUAUUCAGCCUUACGUUUCAUUGUUGAAAGAAGUAGCGCAAGAAACCUGCAGAUUGUCCGGUGUCAUACCUAAAGUUCCAAGACCACCAUCAUUUGAGCAAUGGCGCAUGGAAACCGAAAGAAAAAGGAAGGUAAACGAAAUACGAGAACAACAUGAAGAAGAGAAUAACGUGAGGCGAAAAAGAGAACUCGAGUUGGUCAAGCAAAUACAACGUUUGGAAGCGCUAAGGUUGGAGGACCAAAAACGCAUGGACCAGUUCGAAUCCGGGUUACGUAAACAAUUGGAUCAAGAGCGAGCAGAAAUCCAUGCCCAGCAACGGACGACACUAGAACAGCAGGAACUCGAACUCCAACGUUGUCUUCAAGUAGAACUACAGCUGAGAAAACAGUUAAAGGAGGCCAACGAACGUCGACAGACUGUGCCUGUCAGUGCAGCCCUUGGUCCUAAUGUAACGGAGAGAGUGAGUAACAACCAUGCAUACGAGGACGCCGUUCAGCAGUUAUCUACAGGUAACAACUUUUACCCCGUAAGCAGUGAGCCACCGGUAAGUUUCGCUUUCCCACUUGAUCCAAGCAAUGGUCCAAAAUUGCGCAAUGAUCCAUGUCUAAUUAGCCCUAUGGGUGGUCGAUCUCAAGAAUAUGCAUUAAGUAGUCAAGACCCAUCGUUUUCCUUCAUGCUACCCUCCGCUCCACAAAUACAACCACACGCGACAGAUCCGGCUUUUGUGGCAACCGACUUUCGAAAUGUUUAUGAUGUAGUCCCGCCUAAUCCUUCGGUGCCAACCGUACAGCAGCUUGCAGCUCGUCAUGUUUCCAAAGAGCUUCCGGUCUUCACUGGGGAUCCAAUGGAUUGGCCACUUUUCAUCAGCACGUAUCGUAACUCCACAGAAGUGUGUGGUUACUCAGAAUCCGAAAACCUACUGAGAUUGCAACGAAGCAUCAAAGGGAUUGCUAAAGAAGCUGUUAGUAGUUUUCUCCUACAUCCGUCGACGGUUCCCAAAGUCAUCCACACGCUUCAGACAUUGUAUGGCAAACCUGAACAAAUAGUUCAUCACAUGGUAUGCAAGGUUCGGGCAAGUCCAGCGCCAAAGGGUGAUAGAAUGGAAACUUUAGUAUCAUUUGGGUUAAUGGUCCAGAAUUUAUGUAGCCAUUUAAAAGCAGUGGGUUUAGAGAACCAUCUUUCGAACCCCACCUUACUUCAAGAGCUUGUUGCUAAGUUACCACCAACAGCUAUGUUUAGCUGGGCGCUUUUCCAAGAACUAAUCCCUAAUCCAGACCUUACUGUUUUCGGAAGAUUCAUGGAGCGGAUCACUUCAGCCGCUAGUGGUGUCAGUAUGUCUGGCAAUAUGGUCGGUAAAUUUCCUAAAGAUGAACGGCAGAAGAAGGACAAGGGAUUCAUCAACGUGCAUUCGACAUCUACGGAUGUGGAGACGAAUAACUACGGAGAAAUAUCGUCGAAUAGGGAAAGAGGAUCGGCGUGUGUGGCAUGCGAAGACGAGACCCAUAACGUUGCAGACUGUCUCGUAUUUAGAAGGUUUUCUCUAGACGAAAGAUGGAACUUGGUAAAAGAAAGAAAGCUUUGUAGUAGGUGCCUGAGAUCACAUCGACGGUGGCCUUGCCGAGUGGAAACGUGUGGUGUGAAUAACUGCCAAAAACGGCAUCACAAGCUGCUGCAUUAUGAUCCGUCGCCUUCAUCUCCAACGGCCGUCGUUACUAUUCAUCGCAAAAUAUCAGCAUCUGUCCUUUAUCGAAUGCUUCCCGUUACACUAAUCGGUCCUAAGGGAAAAGUCGAAACGUACGCUUUCUUGGACGAUGGUUCCUCAGUAACCUUAAUCGAAAAUGCACUUGCAGAAAAGAUCGGAGCCGAAGGUAUCGCUACGUCGUUGUGUAUACAGUGGACUGGUGGUGUAAACAAAACCUUAUCAAAUACACGCCUGGUAGGACUACAGAUUUUAGGAAUCGGUGCCACGAAAUGUCUUCCUGUUUCAGAGGUUUACACGGUAGAAUCCCUGGGGCUCCCGGAACAGAGCUUGAACUUUGAUGAAUUAAAAAGCCAUUACCAACACCUGCAUGGAAUACAUGUGAAAAGCUUCUCGUCUGCUGUUCCAGGCAUAUUAAUAGGUCUCAACAACGUACAUCUUCUGACCUCACUUAAAGUGCGCGAAGGUCGAGUCAAUGAACCAAUAGCCACUAAAUCGAGAAUCGGUUGGUCCGUGUUUGGCCCAGUCCUGAAAGAUACAAAUCUACAAUUACAACACCAAAUGCAUAUGUGCGAAAAACAAAACGAUGAGGAUCUGCACGCAUUCGUUCAACGAUUUUUUGAAUUUGAAAGUCUGGGAAUCACAGUGGCUCCAGUGGUCCAAGGUGCCGACGAUCAACGAGCUUAUAAAAUUCUUAACGAAACAACAAAACAGACACCCAAUGGAAAAUUUGAAGUAGGAUUGCUGUGGCGAUAUGAUUAUAUCGAGCUUCCGGACAGCAGACCAAUGGCUGAAAGGCGUCAUAGGUGCCUUGAAAAACGACUUGCACGAAAUCCAUCCCUUUAUGAAAAAGUACGACAACAAAUAGCCGACUACCAACUUAAAGGGUACGCUCACAAAGCGACUACAGAAGAGAUGCGAAAAUUCGAUUUACGACGAACCUGGUAUUGUCCUCUAGGUGUGGUCUUGAAUGAAAAAAAACCAGACAAGGUGCGCCUAAUAUGGGAUGCGGCCGCAAAAGUUGACGGGGUUUCCUUGAACUCGACACUGAUGAAAGGCCCUGAUUUGAUUUCUUCUCUUCUUGCGAUACUCUUCCGGUAUAGAGAGCGAAAGGUGGCAAUCUCGGCGGACAUUAAAGAAAUGUUCCACCAAAUUCUGAUAAGGGAAGUCGACCGCAGUGCACAACUUUUCGUCUGGAGAGAUUAUCCAAACAUGCCUUUUGAAACUAUGGUGAUGGAUGUCGCCAUAUUUGGUGCGACCUGUUCCCCAGCCCAUUCACAGUUUGUGAAGAACAUCAAUGCUGCUCACUAUCGCACAAAAUUUCCAAAAGCUUCACAAGCAAUCGAGAAAUCACACUACGUUGACGAUUGCCUUGUUAGUGUAGAUACGCCUGAGGAGGCUGUGGAGUUAGCGCUACAGAUCACUAAUAUCCAUUCCAAAGCAGGGUUCCAAAUCGUAAACUGGAUGUCAAACGAUAAAACGGUCGUUCACACUAUAGGUCAAGUAGAACCAAACGCAGUAAAAAGUCUACAAUUUGAUAAAGAGAAUACUGCAGAGAGGCUAUUAGGAAUGGUAUGGUAUCCAGAAAAAGAUGUUUUUUCCUUUUCACUAAACUUUCGUGAAGACGUUAUCAAGAUCCUUACAGAGGGCACUGUUCCGACAAAACGGGAAAUUCUCAAGGUUGUCAUGAGUAUUUACGAUCCGCUUGGCCUGAUAUCUGCUUUCGUUAUACAUGGCAAAAUCAUUAUUCAAGACGUCUGGCGCGCGAAGAUCGGCUGGGACGAAAAGAUUUCACCAGAAUUGUUCAGUCGAUGGAAACAUUGGCUGUGUGUCUUAAAACAAAUGGAAAAAGUUGUUAUACCUCGUUGCUACUUCCCUGGAUACGAAAUCGAAUAUUUAAAGUCUCUUCAACUGCAUGUAUUUGUUGACGCUAGCGAGCAAGCGUAUGCUGCUGUCGCUUACUUCCGGAUCGUCGAGCAAAGAAGCGUUAGAUGUGUGCUUGUGUCCUCGAAAACGAAAGUAGCACCUCUCCAGCUUCUGUCAGUUCCAAGGCUUGAAUUACUAGCUGCAGUCUUGGGAGCUAGAUUGAAAAAUAAUAUCGAAAGUGAGCAUUCUCUGCAAAUUAGAAACACAUUCCUUUGGAGUGAUUCCACAACAGUCCUUUCAUGGAUUCGAUCCGAUAUUCGCCGUUAUCGUCCGUACGUAGGCCACCGAAUCAACGAAAUUCUUAGCUUUUCGAAUAUCCAACAAUGGAAGUGGGUCCCGACACGAUUGAACGUCGCAGAUGAAGCUACGAAAUGGGGGAAAGGUCCGUGUUUUCUUGUGGAAAGCCGAUGGUUCAAUGCUCCUGAAUUCCUUUAUGAUGCUGAAGAAGAUUGGCCAUAUGAUAAACAAAUAUCCAAGGGAGAAACAAACGAGGAACUACGCCCGGGACUUGUGGCUGUACACACGAUAGUUGAACCAGUUGAACCAUUAUUUGACGUUUUUCGAUUUUCGAAGUGGGAACGAAUGUUAAGAUGUAUUGGUUAUGUAUGCAUUUUCAUCGUGAAUUGCCGUCGACAAGCUAAAAAGAACCCCAGAAUUGAUUUGAACUCUGAAUGCCUCAUCGAAGCUGAGCGCGUAAUAUGGAAGACAGCACAAAUAACUUCAUUUUCUGAUGAAAUUGCAGUUCUUAUGUACAAUAAAAAAGACGACGUGACUAUCACGAAGAAACUUUCUAAAUCCAGUUCAAUCGCUUCGGCAAAUCCUUUUCUAGACGAGUUUGGAGUGAUGCGCCUCGAGGGGAGGCUUGAAGCAGCAGAAUGGUUGUCGUACGAUGCUAAGCAUCCUGUGAUAAUGCCGAAGGACAACAGAAUUACGUUCUUGCUCCUGGACUGGUAUCACCGGAAUCACAGACAUGCCAACAACGAAACUGUGGUCAAUGAGAUACGCCAGAGAUACUACAUUCCUAGACUCAGGGUUCUAGUCCAGCAAACUUCCAACAAACAUUGCAUGUGGUGCCGGGUUUACAAAGCUCGUCCAUGCCCUCCGAAGAUGGGUCCACUGCCGAAAGCCAGACUUACACCACACGUUCGUCCAUUUAGUUUCACAGGAAUUGACUACUUUGGACCAUACUAUAUUAAAAUAGGAAGAGCAGCAGUUAAACGAUGGGUUGUGCUGUUCACCUGCUUAACCGUCCGCGCCGUUCAUCUUGAAGUUGCAGCCUCCCUAUCUACUGAUUCCUGUAAGAAAGCUAUCCGUCGAUUCAUCGGUCGUAGAGGCGCUCCACAAGAAAUUUAUACUGACAAUGGAACAAACUUUCUGGGCGCCAGUCGAGAAUUGCAAGCUGAACUAAAAGAACUGAAUGAAGAACUGGGCAGCACCUUCACCGACACCAUAACACAGUGGUACUUCAUUCCCCCGGCAGCUCCCCACAUGGGUGGUUGCUGGGAAAGGAUGGUGAGAUCCGUAAAGACAGCUUUAGAAACUAUUCCGACAGCACACAAACUAGAUGAAGAGUCACUAGCAACUGUACUCGUCGAAGCAGAACACAUGAUCAACUCAAGACCAUUAACCUUCAUCCCGUUAAAGACUGCUGAGGAAGAAUCACUAACUCCGAAUCAUUUCCUCAUGCUCAGCUCAAAAGGAGUAUGUCAAGGAAGUAAAAAACCAUUGCCUUCAAACGGAUCCUACAGAAUGAGCUGGGACUACAUUCAAAGAGUUCUUCAGGAGUUUUGGAAACGAUGGGUUAGAUCUUACCUUCCGACCAUCACUAGACGAACCAAAUGGUUCGACAAUGUUCCGCCAAUUCACACUGGGGAACUUGUGGUUAUUGUGGAUGAGCGUGUUAGAAACCGGUGGCUAAGGGGUCGUGUUUUGAAGACAUAUCCGGGAAAAGACGGUGUAUCACGGAGAGCAGAUGUGCAAACGACUGGAGGCAUCUUCAACAGACCAGUUUCGAAACUUGCGCUGCUAGAUGUGGGAGCUACGUAUGACGCCGAACCGGACGUUCUAGCGACAUGA